AGAAGGUGCCGGAACACCAUCCUGUAUGGUCCCAACUCACUUUAACCCUUGUGUAACAUGUUUUGAUAAGCAAAUAACCAGGCCGUGACGUCAUGUGGUGAUUUCUAGCGACUUUUUAAGCACGCUAGCUACCUUCCCCUGAAAAGAGUUUUUUAUUUUAUUUUUUAAAUAUUUAAUUUUUUAGUGUGUGACUUAAAUAUCCUGAACUAAACGAUGCCUUACCCAAAUCCAUUUUCCGACGAUAUUUCAUAUAUGAUAUUUUUGGUAAUGUUUCUCACUUCUGGGGUCAAAUUCAAAACAUUUCUUGCGGCCGUAGGUGUUAAGUCCAAUCUGGCAACCCUGUUUGUGAUUAGCUUAGCUGAGGCGCUGCAUCCUUUCAAACCCGGAGUGGAGACGCCGAGUGCGAGUCUGUCAAACUUUUCCCACAGCAGACGUGGAGAAGAAACUAAAAACUAACUAUGUUGCUUUUUAAAGCGCUUCGGUCUCUCCUUGUGCUGUUUUAAUGGUGUUUUAAGACUUUUAGCACUCCAUUUCGGGCUCUUCCUCCUCUGGUUUAUCGAUUACAGGAGCUCCACGUCGUUCCAAUGACUUCAGGACCAUAACCGAUCUCCUGCUUCAUUUUGGACCCCCUUCUCCUGUGAAAAUGGCCGACAUUGCCGGGUUUGUCUCUGAAGAACCAGCGAAAGGCCCAGGAGAGCUGGAUCCGUGUCUGCUGGAAAUUGACAGGACGUAUGAAAUCGUCCCUGCUGUUAUCUCCUCCACAUGCUGCCUCUUUGGAAUUAUCUACUGCUUCUUUGGUUACCGCUGCUUCAAAGCCAUCAUGUUCUUGUCGGGUUUGUUGUUUGGCUCGGUGAUUAUCUUCCUGCUGUGCUAUAAGGAGCGAGUGUUAGACACACAACUGAGCAUAGAGGCAAGCGCUGGAAUAGGCCUGGGCAUCGGGCUUCUGUGUGGCCUCGUCACUAUGCUAGUGCGCAGCGUCGGCCUCUUUAUGACGGGUAUCCUGCUCGGCCUGCUCCUUGCCAUCGGUGGCCUUUUGCUCGCACACCAGCUGUACACACCCAGCACCUUGUGGGUGCCCGUAGGUGUCCUCCUUGGCACUGGCAUGCUGUGUGCCGUUUUAACGCUUCAGUGGCAGAGGUUUUUCACCAUCAUCUCCACAGCUGUGUUUGGCGCUGCCAUCAUGACAGUGUGUGCUGAUUACUUUGUGGAAUUGCUGAUGCUGGUUACACACAUUUAUAACUGUCUGCGCCUUGUCCCUGCUCCCGCACCGCUCUGCUGGUACAGCUGGGUCAUUCUGGGCAUCUGGCCUAUGCUCAGCAUUAUGGGAGGAUUAGUGCAGUGGAAGCUCACCGCCGAAGGUUUUUCACACACUGAAGUGAUCAUCAGUAGAAGGCAGAAGCGAUUGCAGCUGAUGAGAAUAAGACAGAAAGAUGUGAAAAAGCUGCAGCUGUCUGCAGGUCAGGAGGGGACGUAUCGCCGUAAACCCACUCCUGUAAAACGCUACGCUGGAGAUCUUCUAGCUCCAAGUUAUCUGCAGAGUCUCCGGGAGCGUCAGAUGGGCACCGGCACGUCCCUGAGCAGCCUGAGUACCGCCAACCAUACCAUGGUGGAUAUGGAUUAUGAUACUGGAUCUACAGUUCCACUCACACACACCACAGCUGCAGCACGCACCUGAAUAUGAGCUGCAUUCAUCAGUGGUUAAAGAACUAACGGUCCAGAUAAGGAGAAAACAAGAUUGCGUGGUACUUCAUAGUAAAGUCAGGCGGUAUGACUGAGAUUUUGGUCAGGUCCGAAAGUCCACUGCCAAGAACUGUUAUUUCAUCACGUUUAAAACCUUAACACAGCUCUGUCUGAUUCAAAUUAAGACUCUAUCAUUCACUAAUAUUAGGCAGAGAAAGUCUUAUUAAUUUAAAGCAGUGGGAGUUUGUGUGUGUGUGUGUGUGUGAUUUAUAUAAAUUUAAAGCGUGUGAGAACAGGACAUUUAUGUAGAUUUUAAAUUUUACACAGUGAAUUUUUCAGACAGCUACACACCGCAUCUGUCCCAGUUUUAAAUCUGCAGUUUAAAAAUGUCUGAUUUCUGAUCGUUGCCAUGCAGUGAAAUUUGGUUGUAGGUGAAUGUAUACAUCUUUCCAGCCUGAAAAUUGGCUCAGCUCACAGCCAGAACAGAACUGCUCAGCUCUCCCCCUUUUUCAGCAGGCAUACUGUGUAUUUCUGUGAUUUCAAUGUGUGUGUGUGAGAGUCACUUGUGGGAAAGGGUACAGUUGCAAUUCACCUUGCGGACUACAGAGGGCUCUAAAACAUCAAAUAACUGAAGUAAAAUUGUGUGACCGUUUUCUAUAGCCUAUGAGGAAACAAUGGUUCUCGAUGGACUUAAACUCUGGACCUGACUGUAUGGAGAGAUAAAUUGUCUAAUUCAAAUCAUUAGGACUUCAGUAGAUCACUGUAUAUGGGUGUAAAUGGACUUGGUAGGCCUUUAACAUUAGUUGGCUUUUCAUUUGCCGACUGAUAACCAGCAACCAGUAUUUAUUUUUAUAAUGGCCUUCCCUGUCUCUUCACUUCAAAAUGUUCACUUUUUAACCUGCCACCACAUAUUGUUGUCAUCUUUAGGUUUAGUCAAUCUUCCUGUAUUUCCCCGACUAUAAGAUGCUUUUUUUUUGGAUUCCUAUAGUAGAUGCCGUGAUUUCUAAAAUAAAUAAAUAAAUAAAAUAUUUAUUUAUUUAUUUAUUUUGCAGUGAAGUGACUGCCUUCACAGAUAUUUGACCAAAUGGUAAUCAAAUGAAAAACUCCAUUCUUUGCGUAUGGGUAAGAGAUUGUUGAAGUUCUGAUUAUCAUUAGCGUGUUCAUGUCAUUUCAGCAAACACUGGCCUUACUGUUAACUGUGGAAAUCGUCUUUUCCGUUGCGUUUUUUUUAGUCAUAUUAGUUUACAAAGUGACGUCACACAUUCACGUUUCCAGUUCAUGAUUUACAAAAAAAAAAAACUGGGCAGUUUUUACAAGUAGGAUGGCCCACACUAAUGGAUACUCUAUAAAUAUUGAAGAUGCAUCAACGUGCUUUAUACAACGUAGCAACUUGUAGCAAUAUAGCAGCUUAGGGGGCAUCUUAUAGUCUGGAAAAUACAGUAUUACCUUUUAAUAAGUUUUUAAUGUAGCAUAGAGUGUAGUGAACGUGGGAAAAGACAGAGCACAUGGGCAUCCAAGUCCCCCCCCCCCCCCCUCUUCUCCUGCCUGUAAGGCCUACCUUAUUGGUAAGAUUGAACUUUUUUGUUGUCUGAGAGUGAUUUGAUUUUUUAUUUUUUUUUUCCUUUUCCCCUCCUCUAUCGAGGCAUCUGAGAGAAUGUUUCUGGCUCUGCUUCAAACUCGAUGAGAGCAUUGUGAAAUGACUCCAGAAGCAUUUUGUGUGCGUGUCUGCAUUCGAAUCGUUUUAAACUAUGGGUUUGUACAAUAGUGUAUAAUUGAUUUACUCGUGUCUGUAUCAUUUAUCAGAUGCAUGUGUAUAGCUUUCCACAAUAGUGGUUCUGUGAACAAGCUGACCGUUUGAUCAGCAGUUUUAUUCUUCCAGUGCAUUUUUUUUUUUUGUAUUAAGGGGAUUGUCUGGACAUGAGUGCAAGUGGAAUCUGCAGUACGAUUACUCUUAUUACUUACUAGAACGUUUGUCAAACUAAUUUCUCAUUUUCCCUUUUUUUUAAUUUUAUUUUAUUUUUUAUAAACCAUAGGAUUUCUCCUAGGUAGCUGCAGCUUGUCUCAUUCAAUAUAUGUGUUUCUAAUGUAAUGAGUCUUUAAAGACUGUUAGUGGGAGAUGUGAGUUCCUGCACUUAAAUCUGUCAAUCAGUGCCUUAAGGUUAGACGAAGUUAAAUGACCAGUCUCUGCGUUCUCUGGUCAUCUUGUGUACAAGAUGCUUCUGCAACCCCUCUAGAAAGUGACAGUUUGAUGUCACUGCAGGUUUGUGUCUUGUAGGUGGGACCUGUCCAGUAUCCCUGAACAUGUCAUUUUUAAACCAUUAAAAAUAAUCUGUACAAAAGAAUCGAUUUGUUUGCUAUACUGACCAAACAACUAAAGAUAAUAGAAACCUCUUUAACAGAUUUGUCUUGGGUUAGUUAAACACUAGUGUGAAUUCAGUAUCUCGGUCUUGAUUGGUAUUGUGAUUUGUACGUUUUAUUUCAUUCUCAACGAGCUGUAUUUGUUCAUCAUGGACGUUAUCCAGCUUAGCGUGUCUAUUCAUGUGAAUCAGUCAUUCAAGAGAAGUUCACCUUCGAAAGUAAGAUUCUUUUUUGAACGCAGAAAAUAUCUGGAUUAUUCUGAAAAUCUUAUUUCUUAUUCUUAAAUCUUAUUCUUUUAACAGAAUGGUAGAAAUUGAGACCAGCAACCUAUUAAAACCGAGUGUACACUAUUUUUAUGGACGUCAGAUAUUGGCUCCAGUCAAAACCUACAGUAUAAAAUUUAGAUUCGUCACUAUGGAAAUAAAUUUAGGAAAAUGCCAGUUUGCUUUUUGCCCAAUAUCAUUGCUUCAUGAAGUUUCAAAGAAUGGUCUCCUGAUGUUUUGUACUUAUUAGUAUGAUCACACACACUUUACAGCUUGAACUAGCAUUAAGAGUAGCCAAUGGUUGGUUUUUUUUUUUGUUUUUUUUUUUUAACUUGUAAAUUCAGACAAUCUAAGUUUGUAUAAGAUUGUUUUGAGAUUAUAAACUUCGUAAGUGUUGCUGUAUCUCACUUUUGACAACUAUACUGAGGUAGAUAUAUAGUUUAUAUAAAAUGUUUUUUCACUUAAAGGUUUCUUUUGAAUAAAACUGUGUAAAAUGAAGACUUUUAAAAAAAGGGAAAUAUCCCUGCCAGACAGACUCUCUGAAAACUCCACUGUGGGUUUGGAGGUCUUUCUGGUUUGACCUUCUCUAUAUAUCGAGAAGGUCUAAAAUCCUCAAACAUAGAACUCUCGCUUUUUAUCCGCUGUUUCUCAUUGGCCAUUACCAUGACCUCAUGCUCUGACUAAUUUGUUCGAGUGUGCGGUCAAAGAUUGAAAGAAAAAAAACAAAGUUUCAAAAAUAAUGACAUUCAUAUUAACAAUUGCUAGUUGUACUGUCACUAUUAACGUAAAAAGCUAGACAGGUUCACAAGUGAACCCCUUCCCCUUGCAUAAAAAAAAAAAAUUAAUAAAUGUAAUCAAGUCAGACUUAGCCAGUACUGCAUUGGACAUUUAUAUUAACAAUUGCUCAUGACCUGUUUAAUUAAGCGACAUGUACUAGUAGAAUGCACCAAUUAUUACAAUAUAAAAUCUAAAUCAAAUAGAAUCAUUUGUGCUCUGAUGAUAAUUUAUUAGAAACACAAAUGAAAUUCUUAGAACCAUGGUCUGAUAUCAAAUCAAACUUGAAGCAAUUCAUUACAAGGCAGAAGUACAAAAUUCAAACAAUAGUCACAAACAAUUGUCUGGAGAGUGGCAUAUUUUUUUCCCACCUACAAAAGUGAACACGUAUGAACUUCUGAUAUCAAAAUCAAACCCAAAUGAUUUAGUACAGCGCAGAAUUACUAAUUACUAAAUUCCUAAAAGGGGGAAAAAGAAAGAAAAACAAACGAAGCUUCAUAGACAACAGAAUGAAGAGAACUUACCACCAACAAUUUCUUACACUUGUACACAGUUUUGGAUAUGCGACAAGUCUACAGAUACGUGCAGAUCUCGUGCGUUUGUAUAUGAAAUUAUAGGUCACGGAUUCGUAUAGACUCAUCUGCCUUCUUUAAGAAAAAAAAAAAUCUGCAGAAAACAUAGAAACAAGCCAAAAAAAAAAAAAAAAAGCUUUUUUACUGACACAUCUUACACCUGAGAAAGUAUGCACGGCAGGGGUAGUGGCCUCAGUAGUGCCUACUCUGUUGCUAAUCAAAGUCUUUAAUCAGACCGUGCAGGAUUUUGUGAUUGCAGAAAUUAACGCAAAAUCAAGGGAACGCCGCGAUAUUUGCAGGAGCUUGCAAUUUUUCUAAAUGACACCACGGUCAAAGCCCUCUUCAAUUCACGUGUGUCGAAUAUGAGUACAGCCGAAAGGUCUCGUUUACCAACAAACAUCACUGCGAAAGACACACUUUUUCAUGCGAUUGCAAUUUCACCAAUUCAAGUAGUUCUGCAAAUAAAAAAUAAAAAAAUCAUCGAAAUCACGUAUGGACUGUUCGGACUGUUCACUACGUAUAGACGGAUGUCCAUUUUGGAUGCAGAUGUGUGUUUUGCUACAUGAUCUCAUGACGCUUGUAAAGCGUACUUGUGCAUGUUCUCUGUCUCAGUGCAGUGACAGUCCAGUCCAGUCCCUGCAAUUAGCAACAGAGAGACUUCAAACUGAGCAAAUAAACCCCUACAACUGAAAUGUUCAUUAAUAAUUCCAUUCUUAAAAAUAAAAAAUAUAAGCAGGAACACAAGUAGAGGAUGUACACCCCUCCCGCUCCCCCUAAGCACCAGACCAAACACCAGCCCCAUGUAUUAUAGAUGUUAACAUAACAUUCUUUUGUGAUAAUAAAGAGCGACCUUUUACAUAUAUAUAUAUAUAUAUAUAUAUAUAUUUUUUUUUUUUAUGGGGAAAGAAGAAAGCUGAAUAAACGGCUAAGAUCAGAGCAUGAUUGACAGAACCAGCUCUUUAUGCACUACCUUACUGCAAGAAUAAAUGGGGAAAGAAAGUUGCUCAUUAACAUUAG